GAGAAACAAAUUACUAUCACUGUUUUUGAGUUUCUUUAAAUCAAAUCGAUUCCAUUUUUUAAAUUCGAGAUGAAAGCUCUCUGAAUUGUGUUGUCUGUUAAUCAGUUGUAUGAGGAAAUGAGUUUCUAAUCUCUGUAGUGUCCCUCUCUGUGUGCGCACUAAUCACACACGGCAGUGGAAAGCAGAAACACAAUCAGAUUAGCUGUUCAUGUGCUGACCAUGACAGUUUUUGCCUAAGCCAUUUUCAACCUCUGCCCUCAAAGACGUCCGAUGUGACAUUGUAUGAUAGACAACUGCUGUUUAGAAUAUUCUUUUAAAAAUCAUUUGAGUUUGUAGUGGUGUAAUUCCUGGUGGAGAAUUGGGUUGAUUGGCAGCCUCAUCGUGAUGUAUGAGCGUUUGGGACGGCUGGUUUUAGAGAUUACAGCCCUGUCGGAGGACUUUUUAAGGAGCCAACAAAGCCUUUUAGAUGCCUUUUACAUGUCCAGCUUUCUUUGAUUGUGUGAGGCGUGAAGGCACCAGGAUGGAGGCAUCCUGUUUGGACCUGGCUCUGGAGGGGGAGCGUCUCUGUAAGGUGGGGGAUUACAGCGCCGGUGUUUCUUUCUUCGAGACCGCCAUACAGGUUGGCACGGAAGACCUCCAGGUCCUGAGUGCCGUCUACAGUCAGUUGGGCAAUGCAUACUUCCAUUUGCAUGACUACAGCAAAGCUCUGGAGUUCCACCACCAUGAUCUUACACUAACUAGGACCACUGGGGAUCGGCUCGGUCAAGCCAAAGCCAGCAGUAACCUGGGGAACACAUUAAAGGUUUUGGGACGCUUUGAUGAAGCGGUGGUCUGCUGCCAGAGACAUUUAGAUAUUGCCAGGGAACAGGGCGACAAGGUGGGGCAGGCCAGAGCACUUUAUAAUUUUGGAAAUGUGUACCAUGCCAAAGGGAAGAGCAUCUGCUGGAGCGGAGCAGAACCUGGAGACUUUCCUGAGGAGGUCAUUACAGCACUUAGAAAAGCCGCCGAGUACUACGAGGCGAACCUGUGUAUGGUGAAUGAGCUCGGAGACAGAGCAGCACAGGGCAGAACGUAUGGAAACCUGGGAAACACAUACUACCUGCUAGGAAACUUCAGGGAUGCAGUGGCCUCUCAUGAACAGCGUUUGCUUAUAGCUAAAGAGUUUGGUGACCGCUCUGCCGAAAGGAGAGCCUACUGCAACCUGGGAAAUGCUUGUAUAUUCCUUGGGGAGUUUGAGAGGGCUGCAGAACAUUACAGGAAAGCUCUACAGUUGGCGCGGCAGCUAAAGGAUCUGGCAGUGGAGGCUCAGGCCUGCUACAGUCUGGGCAACACGUACACACUGCUGCAGGACUAUGAGAGAGCUAUCGACUACCAUCUCAAACAUCUCAUAAUCGCUCAGGACCUCAAUGACAGGAUCGGUGAGGGCAGGGCCUGCUGGAGUUUGGGAAACGCACAUACAGCACUAGGGAAUCAUGACCAGGCCAUGCACUUUGCAGAAAAGCACUUAGAAAUUGCAAAAGAGACUGGUGAUCGUAGCGGGGAACUGACUGCUCGCAUGAAUGUCUCAGAUCUCCAGAUGGUCCUCGGCCUCAGUUACAGCACAGACAAUUCAGUACUUUCUGAGAACAAAGAGAUCGACUACAACCUGCAUGGAGCCAGACCUAGGAUGAGCCGACGGCACAGUAUGGAGAACCUAGAGCUGAUGAAACUCACACCAGACAAGAUCAACGCGAAUGUAAAUGGUCAGAAGUGGACCAGUGAUAUCCUCUUCAAGCAGUCCAGAUCCUCACUGGCCAAGUCAUCCUCAAAGCUAUCCUUUGUCAAUCGUUUCCGAGGAAAGAAGCAUAAACUGCAGAGCAGCUCCAGUAAAAUCCUGCAGGAUACCAGCAACACACGGGAAGCUCCUCAGAACAAACAUGGGAGUACUGAUGUGUUAGGAGACGAGGGCUUCUUUGACUUGCUGAGUCGUUUCCAGAGCAACAGGAUGGAUGACCAGCGUUGUGCCAUACAGGAUGGGAGGAGCCACCUGUCUGUCAAUUCUAGCUCCGCCUCCCCACCCACCACCCCGCCCAGAACCAUCAGGAAAUCUUUCUCCGAGUCGGCUGCAUCUCCAGGUCAGGAGCCGUUCCUCAGACUGCUGGCCAGCGCUCAGGGCAGGAGGCUGGACGAGCAGAGGGCAGGAACAGGGAACAGUCUACCCGGCCUGCGCACGCUGUCUGAACACAGCAGCACUAGCAGCAGACAGAUGAUCCUCAGCCAGGUCAUGGCCAGCACAGAUGCCACUGAACCUGAUGAUCAGUUCUUCGACAUGCUCGUCAAGUGUCAGGGGUCCCGUCUGGAUGAUCAGAGGUGCGCCCCCCCUCCACCCUCCUCCCGUGGCCCCACCGUCCCGGAUGAAGACUUCUUCAGCCUCAUCAUGCGCUCACAGGCCAAGAGGAUGGACGAGCAGAGAGUCACACUACCCUCCUGCCGCUGAACAAACCAUAAGUCUUCUGAACUCCAUAAUCAGAAUUGAGCAAAUUUUUAUGCACACGAGUUUUACAAAUUUAACGCUGGCAAUACACACAUGAUCGACACAAUAAUGAUCAAGUAACACAGUAUGAACGGUGUCCUGUCUACUACAUGAUUAUGAAUGGCUUUUUGUGUACAGCUGUUCUUACCGACUCGGGGGAAAAUGUCUUUGUAAAUAACACAUUUAAAUUUUUUACUGGAUUUAUGCUCUUGUACAUUUGCAUUUGUAAGGAUGUCAAAGGUUGUUUUAGUUUAGGAUGCAUUGUUUUGAUUAUGACCAAGUCAGUGACUCAGUUAAUUUGUAUUUAUUUAAAUAACAUUGUUACUUACACUACUAGUUACCUUCUAGUUAGUAUAUGUAGUUGUGACAAAAAUAUCUCUGAAUUUCUUUUUUUGUAAUGUCAUAUUUAGAUGAUAAAAAAUUAGUUAAACUAUGUCAAAGUGGUUGAUACAGUAACAUUUACAACACAGCUGUGUAGAAAUAAAACCUGUACAGAAAAAC